AUGGUUGCCGCUUUUCCUAAACCGCAGGCCUUCCUGACUGGCAGUAGGGCCAGGGCAGAUUACAGUUAUGUGAAAUCAGGCGUGCUGCCGGAGAACGCGGUAGGCGGGGGGCGACCCCGACCUGAGCCCGCAGGGAAACCGGGCCCCCAGCAGGGGUCAGCGGCGGCGCGGGUCGCACGGGCUAUAGAGGCCGGGAAGGGGCCCCCGGAACGGCGGAAGGGACGGACCUUACCUGUCCUGGGCGCGGGCUGUGACUACGGCGCCGCCCGGGAAGGGCCGGGGCGCGGGUCGGCCGCCGGGAGCCGGCCGGACGAAAAGCGAGGAGCGGAGGGCGAGGGACGCGGACGGCUAACUGGGUCCCCGGCUCCCGGCCAGGCGGGCCGGGCUAGACGCGGCGGCUCCCGGCGCCCGCGGGCGGUGGGUCAGUCACGCCGGUGGGUCAGUCACGCCGGUGGCCCCGUGGCGCGGCGGCUAAGACAGAGACAGCGGGAACCAGCCCCCGGGAGGAGCCGCAGCCCGAGCGGCUGGCGGAGGAGGCGAAGGAGGGGCGGGGCCACAGGGUCGGUGACCCGCUUACCCGGAAGCAGUUGCGACCGCGGCGGCGCGCGCUGCGGGACGGGCAGGAUCCCGGCGUGGCGGAGGACCGUCGGCUCUUCUGCUGCCGGCUGCGCGCAGCCCCGGGAGCGGUGCUUCCGCUGCCGUGCGCGGCCACAGCUAGCUGCAGGCGCCGCGCUGGAGGGAGGGUGGCGGCGUGGGACUCCGGUGGGCGGAGGUGGCCCCUCGGAUCCCGCGGAGGACCGGAGGUUGGGAAGGUGAAUAGAGGCAGGCGCCCGCUCGAGGCUGCACCUGCCCGGGUCGCCCCUAAACAGUCCGGCCUAGUGGGUUUGGAUUAUAUAAAAUCUUAAAAAAGAAAUUUGGAAAACCAUCUAGAUCAAGCUUCCACCAAGUUUGGAGGAAGAUUUUUUGGACAAGGCUUUAUGUGGUAGCAAGACGGUUCCCAACAAUUUCAAGUCUACAUCUAACCUGGGCCAAGUCCAGCAAGAAAAAGAGCCUUCCCAGAAGUUCCUGGAUUCACUAAUUAAGUCAACACAGAUUAUCUGCCUGUCCCUUAAAAAAUUACUGCAGGACCUGCUUCAAGUUGGUCAUAAGACUGGCAGAAAGUCAAACCAAACUAAAUGAGUAGUUGUUGGAGUUAACCUCACAGCCUGUAGCUGUAUGGGCCAUGGAAUCGCCUGCUGUUAUUAAGAAGCACAGUUCUGAUCAAAAUCACUGCUCUGUGGUCCUGUUCAUCAGAAUCUCAUGUUUGGAAACCGAAUUUGAGUCUGGGUACUUUAAAAAUAGAUAUGAUCAUGGAAUAUAGCCAUUAAAAUUUCUAUUGUAGGAGAAGGUAACAUAGGGUAGUAUUAAUCAUGUAUUUAAAUGUAGAAGUAGAUUCCUGAACAAUAUGUUCAAGGUGAUUCAUAUAUUGUUUAAUAUUAUACAGACAUAGACACCCAAAUAUUAACUUUACAGAAUGGAACCACCAGUGAUUUGAUUUGAUUUGAUUUGUUUACUGUUCAGGAUAUUCCCCGAUAAAAUGUACUACAUCCAUACUCAAAGUAAGUUAUAAAGAAAUAUAUGUAUCCCACCAGUACCCCAGAGUCAAAAUACGCAAAAGGUACAACUAAAAAAUUGAUCUAAUUACGAUUCUCACUGCUCAAAACUAUUGUCGAUUUUUCUCUUGCCUUGCAUACAUCAUUUUUUCCUUCCAUUUUAAAAAAUCAGAUACUGGGGGCACCUGGGUGGC